AUGGAGAUCACAGCUCCAGCCCAGGCGCUGACUUGUGCUGCCUGCCACUGCCCAUUCCCUAACUCUGAGCAGUGGCCCUGUGGCCAUUACCUUUGCUCAAACUGUAUCGAGGGAACCCGGGCCAAGGGAAUAGCUGAGGGUGCAGUGGGCUGCCCACUGUGCAGCAAUACAUUCCCUUCUGAUCCCAGCCUGGAACCGAGUCCCGGUCUCCCCCGCCCGGACAAACCGGAGGAGGCUGCUGCCGUCUCGGACCCCGCUGCCGAGCUUCCCUCAUCGGGAGGAGACCCAAAGGAGGCCAGAGUACUUGACAGCCCCAGCGAGCCGUCGACUGAUCCAACAGAGAGACGGUGCCGGGAACAUAACGAGGUUCUGGAGUUUUACUGUGAAGAUGAUGGAGAAUGUGUGUGUGGCCCCUGUACAAUAACAGGCAAACACAAAACUCACACCCUGAUGAGCUUGGAGAAGGCAGAAGCUCAGAUUAAGGAGAAAUUGACAAAAGAAAUUGAGAACCUCCGGAUAAUUCAGCAAGACUACCAUUUCAAACACCAAGACGUGACAAUAUCAGAAUCGGAAAUAAAGACACAAAUCGAUCAGCUGAAAGGAAAUCUAUCAAAGAAGUUCUCCGAGUGGAGGAAGAGCCUGGAGGAGGAUGAAGACUAUGCCCUGAAAAUGAUUGAAGAGGAAGGGCUCAAGGUGUUGUCAAAGAGUGUCAAAUACUUUGAUGAAUUGAACAAGAGAAUGCAUCAAAUUAGAUUGAUAGAUGAUGAAACGCAGAAACUGGUACAUCUGGAUCCCCUCUCAUUUAUCCAGAAAUCUAACCAGGUCCUUUCUCAAAUUUCCAAGACUCAGAAUCCAUCAGAUAUAGAUAUUCCGAAGCUCAUCCUGAAUCUGUACAACGCACCUGAACUUAUCAAAGAGCGGAUGAGUAAUUCCUUCAUCUACCAAUCAGCCAUUUUGGGAACCACAAAUCAGUGGUCGAUGCUGACUCUGGAUCCAGACUCGGCGUACUGGCUCCUGAAUGUCUCCGAUGAUGAGAAGACAGUGAUGUUCGGGUACAUGGGAGAGAACUCCUGGCACAACUCCAAAAUGUUCGAGAACAUGCACCAGAUCCUGUGCUCUCAGAGUUUCACCGCUGGCUGCCACUCCUGGGAUGUGAAGACUGGUGGUGUUGCCUGGGGGGUGGGUGUCGCUUACGGGACCAUAGACCGGGGAGGGCUGGAAUCUUACUUCACCAACAGCACUAAGUCAUGGUGUUUAUAUUUCUAUCGUGGUUUUCUGACGGCUUGUCAGAAGAACCAGCAGACUUACUUACUGAAGUACCCAGCUAUUAGCAGGAUGCGCACCCAACUGGAUUACGAGGCUGGGACCGUGUCCUUUUACCAGAUUUCUGAUAUCAAGACUUUCUUUGUCUUCACUGUGUUCUGCAAUGAGACUAGCUGUGAAGUGUCUCCUUUCAUCAACCUGAAGACCAUCUGCCAGUCAGAUGGGAGUUAA